AUGAAAGUCCUGAAACGUCUCCCUCUUUUAUUGGGGUGUUGGACUCUCUUAUACCUGGAAUUUAUCCCAGUGUCACUGAGCCAUACCGGGACGGCACAGCGCGCAAUCGAGAGCCGAGGCAAGGAGCACGCAGGCGGAGCAGGUAAAGAAGCCAACCCGGGAAUCAUCUCAACUGCCAGGUCUACGGUAGGAAACUACGGCGUAGCAGGUUGGAAGUCUCAGAGCGCUGCGAGGAUCACGCGCAUUAGGACAGGACCCCCGCUGAUAAAGGGCGAGGCAGCCAAAGCAAAAGCUGUGACAUCAGUGUCAUCACCACACGGCGUAACGGCGAGCAGCGUUAGUGGAGCUAUCAACUUGGGACGCAAGGAGUCUGCGCGCUCUUGGGUACCCGACGGGGAUGCUACCAACUUAGCUGCUGUGCCUGCUCUCAUGGCGUUGAGCGUGCAAACACGCAAAGGCGGAGAUACGCCCAGACAGAGCAAAGGAAAGACUUUCCCCAGAGUUGCAACAUCAGCACGAACUGGACAGCAUAGAGUCAUUGCUGUGCAAAAAUACAGCGCUCCGUUAGCCCAAAGGAGUGCCAAAGCAACGGGCAAACUGAGCGACAGAGACCUUCCGAAGCACCCAUUGGUGACUCCGCACGACUACAUGUUGUCACUGUAUUGGUCACUAUCCACAGGAGAGGUGAACACCAGCGUGUUGCACGAGGCUGGUAUGGCCAACACCAUCACCAGCUUUGUGGAUAAAGGACAAGAUGACCGUCUUCUCCAGCUGAGAAGACAGAAGUAUAACUUCAACAUCAGUUCCCUGGAGGAGGAGGGGCUACUGGGUGCCGAGCUGCGCAUUCUCAGGAAAAGACAGGCCGACCCACGCAAAGCACUUUCUACUGGCAGAGUUUUCUGCCUGAAGCUUUUCACCUGUGCAGCAGGUAAGCAGAAAGCUACACUGCUCCAAACUCGAACCAUCGAGGACCACAAUAUGCCCAAAUGGGAAGUGUUUGACAUUUGGAAACUAUUCAAGAAUUUCCACAAUACCGUCCAGCUUUGUUUCGAGCUGGAGGCCUUGGAACAAGGCCGCCCCGUGGACCUCAGGGCAAUGGGCUUCAGUCGUCUGGGCAGGCAGACCAAAGAGAAGGCCUUUUUCCUCGUGUUCGGACACACCAAGAAACGCGACUUGUUCUACAGCGAGAUCAAAGCCCGGUCGGGCCACGACAACAAGACUGUGUACGAGUACCUGUUCACCCAGCGACGUAUGCGCCGAGCCCCCACCACCCGUAGCAAGAAACUGGCCAAGAACCCCAAGCCUCGUUGCCACAGGAAGCAGCUACAUGUCAACUUCAAGGAGAUGGGUUGGGAUGAUUGGAUCAUUGCCCCACUGGAGUAUGAGGCCUACCACUGCGACGGGGUGUGCGACUUCCCCAUCCGCUCGCACCUCGAGCCCACCAACCACGCCAUCAUCCAGACGCUCAUGAACUCCAUGGACCCUGACUCGACUCCGCCCACCUGCUGUGUGCCCACUCGCCUCAGCCCAAUCAGCAUCCUCUACAUUGACUCAGCCAAUAACGUGGUUUACAAACAGUACGAGGACAUGGUGGUGGAGUCCUGUGGCUGUAGGUAG